GCUGUUGUCUCCUGCAGGGCCUUACCUGUUCCUCGCUCCAGCGCUGCACAGUCUUCCCGCGCUGGCUUCUUCUCUGGUCAUCUGUACUGUGUCCGCAGUCUCUGGUCAUCUCCUGUACUGUGUCCGCAGUCUCUGGUCAUGGUCAUCUCUCUGUACUGUGUCCGCAGUCUCUGGUCAUCUCCUGUACUGUGUCCGCAGUCUCUGGUCAUCUCCUGUACUGUCCGCAGUCUCUGGUCAUCUCCUGUACUGUGUCCGCAGUCUCUGGUCAUCUCCUGUACUGUGUCCGCAGUCUCUGGUCAUCUCCUGUACUGUGUCCGCAGUCUCUGGUCAUCUCCUGUACUAUGUCCGCAGUCUCUGAUCAUCUCCUGUACUAUGUCCGCAGUCUCUGGUCAUCUCCUGUACUAUGUCCGCAGUCUCUCUGGUCAUCUCCUGUACUAUGUCCUCCUGCAGUCCGCAGUCUCUGGUCAUCUCCUGUACUGUGUCCGCAGUCUAUCCGCAGUCUCUGGCCAUCUCCUGUACUAUAUCUGCAGUCUCUGGUCAUCCCCU